CUAGCAAGGCUACACUCACACAUUCGUAUAGUAGGUUGUACAAAAGCAGACCAAAUUUUCCUGUCGAAAGCUAGUUUUUCAUCAUAAAAAUUUCUUUCAAAACCAGCAUUAAACUGAACUAAAUUACCGGAAAAACGUUCCUGGUUGCGACUGAAAUAGCGCUAUCGUUUUGAUAGUUGAAUUUCGGCAAAAUUGGACCCAGGAAAUCAAAUUCUUUUUUGCACUUACCUGCUUGGCAACUUGCGAAGACGUAGUCCGAAUGGGCGAUGUUUCUCGUCCACUGAAAUUGAUAAUUGUACGACAAUUCAAGGGGAAAAGGUUUCCUGGUGUAAAGCAUUGAACUAAGGCAAUUUUUCAAUUUGAGAAAUGAAUGGAACUUUUGAUGGAAAAUCAUCUAGCUCAUCUUCCUCAUCGUCCUCCGGUGGUGGAAGUGUUUGUGGCACUGGUGGAAGUGGUGGUAAUCCCGGAGGAAGCAACAGUAACACAACUCAACACCACCACAAGGCACCGCGGAAUUACAAACUGAUUGCAGAUCCAUUUCUUCACAAGGGCGUUCCAAAAAUCUAUCGCUAUGACGGCAUCGUUCCAGGUGAUCCCAGCUAUCCGCCGGUGAUUCCUCGCGAUCCUCGUAACCCAUUAGCGAGAAUUAGGUCACGCUUAGAAACAUGGGACAUUCCGGUUCCCAGGUUUAAAAUCGACCAAAAUUACAUUGGUGAGCCACCGGCUAUUGAGAUUACUAUCACAAACUUGAACGACAAUAUCGACAAACCGUUCCUGUCGGAAUUAUUAGCCAAGUAUGGAGUGUACACAGAAUUGUAUAUAUAUUACCAUCCGGUUACUCAUAAACAUCUGGGAUUAGCACGCAUUGUGUUUGAAAAUGUUCGCUCAGCUCGUAUGUGCGUAGAGAAACUGAAUGGAACCUCAGUCAUGGGGAAGAUACUGAACGUGUUUAAGGAUGCUUUCGGAGAGGAGUGCAAGCGUUUGCUGGACGAGAAAACAAAUGAGCGGAAAAUAGUGCCGCCUCCGCCGCCACCGGUGCAUGCUGUGCAUUCGGCCAUAUCGUCCGUUCCAGGCUUAACUUCAAGCUAUUCCAAAACUCUUCCAAAGGCAGUCCAUCAGCCGCCGCCACCGCAACCAUCAUUAUCAGCACCGACAACUUCUGUUUCCCGUUACGGACAUGGAGGCCCCGAUAUGUUGAAUGAUGAAGAUAACUGGGACGAUGAUACUGUUUUGGUUAGACCAAAAUCAUCUGUUCCUCCGCCUCCACCUCCUGUUCCGGCUGCUCCGCCACCGUCGUCAAUGAAAAGUGGGCUAAUGGAUGAUCUUGAGCAGUGGGAUUCAGGAGAUUGUUCGGGUAGUGCUGGUAACAGUCACGAUUCUAGUUAUUAUAGUAGAGUGAAGUAUUCUUCAACCAGCAAGACUACCAGCCAUUUCAAUGAUCGAGACGAUGACAGUCGAGGCAAAGACAGAUAUUUCGAUCGCAAGGAACGCGACAGAAAGCAUGGUCACCAUAAAAGUGAUCGUCGGGAACGAGAUCGAGACAGAGAACGUGAUUGGGAUCGAAGCAGAGAUAGAGACCGUGAACGUGAUCGAGAACGGGACCGUGAUCGCGAUCGGGAAAGAGAUCGAGAUCGUGAUCGUGAAAGAGACAGAGAUCGAGGCCGUGACCGCGACUGGGAGAGUAGGGAUCGUGAUCGAUACGGAAGGGACAAAGGUCGAAGAAGCAAAAGCAAUAGUGGUUAUGGAUGGUACGGAGAUUCCGGUGGCUACUCUAACGAUAUGAACUAUGCUGCGAGUGGAAGGUAUUCACAAUCACAAUAUGAUUACUACGGCUAUUCUACUACGGAUUACGGUCAGUAUGGAUAUACACACUCGUCUACGCAGAGCAGUACUUACAUGACUACCAGUUCAGCGUCCGUUACUUCUUCCUGGGCGCCUCCGCCGCCGCCCGAUGAAAAACCUAAGGCACCGCCUCCUCCGCCGGCUACAACCAAGCCUGGUUUAGAUGAAAUGGAAACAUGGGAUGAUGAAGAUGUAGCACCACCUAUUCCACCUGCUGCGAAAGCGCCUUCUACUCCACCAGAUGUUCCACCAGAGCCAAAAACAGAACCAACCAAUGACGACGAAAACAGUGGAUCAGCACUGGAUUUGGACACAAGGAUAGCUCUAAUGUUUAAAGAUAAAACUUUUGGUGUGGCACCGUUUUUGCAGCUCAGUGAUGGUGAAGAAGAGCAGCAAGAUAAAAAGGAAGAAGGAGAAGUAGUGGAAAAAAUGCAAAAGGUAAAAAUUAAAGAAGAAACAGAAAAACGUUCACCCAGUCCUCCAGCAGCUAUUGAAGAGCAGAUUAAAAAGGAGAUCAAAUUGGAACCUCCAAAAGAAGACGGUGCUAGCGACAUCUCAUCUAGUGAAGAUGAAAUUCUCGCAAAGGAAAGUUCCCCUCCACCAACGGUAAUUGCGCCUACGAGGCCACCAAUGGAGGAUAUUAUAAAACGUGAGAACGAUCAAAUGUCCUUGUCGAGUUUAUCCUCUAAUGAUGCUAAAAAUGAAGACUCAAAGGCGCCGCCGCUCCCCGCAGAACCAGCCCCGGAAGUUCCACCACCACCGGAACCUAGCGAUACUUUUGGGUACGUUUAUCCGCCAGGUAUAGCUCCCGGUAUGGGUUAUCCUCCUGCUCCACCCGGGACCGAUCCGUCAUACUAUUAUUCACAAUCAUAUUCGCAAAGCUCCUAUCAGCAGUAUCAAUCCGGGUAUUACCAGAACAGUUACAUGCCCUAUAUAUCCGGUUUUUCUAGCGGGGCUUAUCCAUAUCAAGUUCCACAGACGCAGCCGUACUACUCACCCAGCAAGAGAGAUUUCAGUUGGAACGAUGACCGUUACCGUACCUCAUCGUACAACAGCUCUUCUUUCUCUGCUGGAAGAGAUCGCGUGGAACAGAAAAAACGAAACCGUUAUGAGGAAGCAAUUACCGCUGUAAUAGAACGUGUAACUGCCGAGCUAAAACAAAUCUUAAAAAAAGAUUUCAACAAGAAAAUGAUAGAAAACACCGCCUACAAGAAGUAUGAGGCCUGGUGGGAUGAAGAGGAGUUGAAGAGUAAGGGUAAAGACCGAGCUUUAUUAAGUGAGAUUACACCUCUUGGACAAAAGCUAGAUAAAGCACCAGAUAUCAAUCAGUUGCUCAACCAAACUUACGAUAAUUUAGACAGCAACAGCAGUUAUAUUGGUUUAGGUUUGCGAGCAACAAUUCCGAAAAUGCCGAGUUUUCGAAGGAUACGAAAACAGCCCAGUCCUGUUCCUCAAGAUGAUGAAGAUUCUAGGCGUAGCGAUCAGGAAGACAUGGUGCAAGGUUCAGACUCAGAAAAGGAGGGCGAAACGCAAGUGUCAACGCAGCCACGAACAAAAACACCACCCCCGUCGGGUUCAUCGGAAAAUGUUGAUGCUUCGGGAUCAGCUACUUCACGCACCGAAAAACGAAAGACUAGCAUCUCUUCAUUUUUCACUUCUUCUAGUGAAGAAGAGAGUAGUGCCAGUGAAACUGACGACAGUUCUGAUACCGGAUCAUUGUCCGACGUUGAUAUGGCGUACACCAAUCGAAAGUCACAUCAGCCGUCUUCUCGGGACAAGAAAGAAAAGCGAAUAUAUUCUGACUCCGAGUCGGACGAUGAGCCUGAUCCCAGCGGUAGCAAGUUUCCACUUCCAUCCAGUAGCGCAGGAACACGCAACAAAACCAAAAUAUACUCGGAUUCAGACUCCGAUGAAGUCAAUAAACCUCCUGUCAAAGAAGUUCUUCCAUCAAUCUCUACCGAAAAGGCACGGAGUAGAAGUCCCGAACACACACCCGCAGGUCACGAUUCACGAAGGACCCCUUCGCCAAAACAACCGUUGGAAUCGUCUUCAAUGUUACCUUUGGAUGAGCUGCAUGAGGACCUAUCGCCAGAUGUUGAGGAAAGCCCUCCGCCUCAGCAGCCCCCUCGAACACCUGGGCGUGAAUCUCCCAAAAAGGCUCUCUACGAACUGGAUCGCAUUUAUAGCGAUUCAGAAGAAGAACGUGAGUAUCAAGAGAAACGCAGGAGAAAAGCAGAAUAUUUGGAGCAGAUAGAACGUGAAUUCCAAGAGGAACAGGCUCGCUUGGCUUUGGAACAAGAAGAGCAACGAAAGGCUGCAGCCGCAGCACCUCCGCCAGUAGAACCCGUUGUAACAGCUAAAUCACCUGCUAAAGCUGCUAAGAAUAGCAAGAAAAAUGCCUCGGUGUCAAUACUACAGAAAGCACUCAGUUCCGAGGAUCCAAUAACACCGGUUACGAGUCAACCUCCUCCAACACCCGGAGCGAGUUUGCUCGAUAUUUACACAAAAGAUCCCAUGAGUGAGGCAUUCGCCAAAACCAGUCCCGUCACUGCUUCCACUGGCCGAAAGAAGAAAGCUGAAAAGGCUCCCAAAUCGAAAGCGAAAGGAGGUCGCAAAACAAAAGAGACUAAUGGCGUACCACCCAGUGUCGCUCCUAUACCCGAAAAAUUGCCACCACCGGCAGAACCAGUUCAACCUAUUCCACCCCCCAGUACAGCCACACUGCCUCCUCCUCCUGUCGCAGUCACGGUAAUUGCACAGCACGGUGGUACGCCUCGGCUCAGUUCUUCGGACGAUUUCUUCUCGGCCGAUGAAGAAGCGGCGGCUGCCCGGCGAGCAGCAAAAGCAUCUCCCGCUUCGUCCGAUGGCGGUUCCAGCCAAGCUAGUCAGGUGGCUUUGGAUCAUUGUUAUUCACUUCCACCAUCCGCCUCCCCAUCUUCUUCGUCACCACAACCUCAGUCAGAUUCAUCUGCGCCGGUCGCAAAGUCUGGCAACAAAUACGCUCCGUCAACGUCCGAAACAUUGGCACAUGAUCAUGGUUACACGAACAGUGACGAAGCCGGUAUUGGAACAACGGUAGUGUCGUCACAACCGUUAACAGUGUUACCAUCAACUCCAGCAGGCUCUGUUGAAGCGGCAACGCCGCUUACAGCAAUUCCAACUCCUACAUCCGCAACCCGAUCAGUUGGCCGACCGAAAAAAGACUCCAGUGUGCCUAAAGCAAAACACAAAAAACGGACCGACAAACAGGACAAAGCAGCUGCUGCAAAACUGGCAUUAACAGCGGUUACGCCUAGUCCAACGGCAUUGCCAUACGGAACGUCAUACAUGCCAAUUGCCAAAUACCACGAACGGGAUAUACGCUCUGAAAUGUCUAUCCUAUAUGACUUUUUGACGCGAGGAAUAGACUCCGAAGAUAUUCAGUACAUUCGACAAAGCUAUGAAAUGCUACUAACUGAUGACACCAACAACUAUUGGCUGAAUGCAACGCAUUGGGUCGAUCAUUGCACCACUGAACGUAGCUUUAUCCCACCUCCGACAAAGAAGCGCAAGAAAGACAAAGAAUCUGUGAGUGACAUCAAGCAGCACUCGACUGGCUCAGCUCGCACCCAAGGCUUCUACAAGAUCGACCCACGGGAAAAAGCCAAAUAUAAAUAUCAUCAUCUGAAAGGAACGCCUGCUGCCAAUCAUCUGAAUAACAUUGAAACAGCUAAGGCGGCGACGAAGAUGCAAGGUCUGUCAAGGGAAGCGCGGUCGAAUCAGCGUCGACUGUUGACCGCGUUCGGUGCCAGUACCGAGUCGGAAUUGUUGAAAUUCAACCAGCUAAAAUUCCGCAAAAAGCAGCUUAAGUUUGCCAAAUCAGCCAUCCACGAUUGGGGAUUGUUUGCGAUGGAACCGAUUGCCGCGGACGAGAUGGUUAUCGAGUACGUGGGCCAAAUGGUGCGUCCUUCGGUGGCCGAUCUACGGGAAACCAAGUACGAAGCCAUCGGCAUUGGUAGUUCGUACCUGUUCCGAAUUGAUAUGGAAACCAUCAUCGAUGCCACCAAAUGCGGUAAUUUGGCGCGGUUCAUCAAUCAUAGCUGCAAUCCUAACUGUUACGCCAAGGUCAUCACGAUCGAAUCGGAGAAGAAAAUUGUCAUAUACUCGAAGCAGCCGAUCGGCGUAAACGAAGAAAUUACUUACGACUACAAAUUUCCACUGGAGGAUGAGAAGAUUCCCUGUUUGUGCGGAGCAAACGGUUGCCGCGGUACCCUCAACUAGGCAUGUACAAGUACUUCUCAUACUAAAUAUUACAUGUGUGGAACGAGAAUGCUCAUUCUGAAAUUAUCCCCGUGAAAAAAAUGGAAGGCAGAUAUGACGUCUGCUAGAACUAGCGGUGUGAAACAGAAUAAUAGGAACAAGUUAUGUUUAGCUAAACAACGGAACUCGUAUUUUGAUUCGAAGCUCCUUGGUUAUCGGUGGGAGUUUGUAAAUUCGAGUAUGAUGGUCUCCGGCAAAAAGAGCAUGCAGAAUUUGCCGUGCAUCGAACCCUACGUACAUUGAUUUCUUCUUUGUAUAGAUAGAUGAAAUUUUGUUUGAUCACAUCAGCCGACUAAAAUAUUCAAAGA